AUGGUGAGCCGCCGGCGCUCCCCCGCCCCGCACCAUGCCGCCGUGCCCACCCCCGAGAAGAUGUUCGAGGGCUGCCGGCGGGCACGGAGCCUUUGGGGGGGCGUGAAGCUGGAGGUGGCAGGGGAUAGCAGCCCCGUGGUGCUGCACAGCUUCACGCAGCUCGACCCCGACCUGCCGCCGCUGGAGAGCUCCACACAGGAGAUUGGAGAGGAGCUGGAGGAUGGUGUGAUCUACAGCAUCUCGCUCCGGAAAGUGCAGCUCCAUCACACGGCCAACAAAGGGCAGCGAUGGCUGGGGUUUGAGAACGAGUCAGCCUUAAACCUCUACGAGACAUGCAAGGUGAGGACAAUAAAAGCUGGGACCUUGGAGAAGCUGGUGGAGUACCUGGUCUCAGCCUUCAAGGGCAACGACUCCACCUAUGUCACCAUCUUCCUGUGCACCUACCGAGCCUUCGCCACCACCAAGCAAGUGCUGGACCUGCUGCUCAACAGGUACGGCAAGCUUCACGUGCAGGCAAAUGGGGACCCUGCCAGGCAUGCUGUGGAUGAGAGGACUGAGCUGAAGAACACCAUCUCCUCCAUCCUGGGGGCCUGGCUGGACCAGUACUCAGAGGACUUCCGCAAGCCCCCAGACUUCUCCUGCCUCAAGCAGCUCAUCUCCUAUGUGCGCCACAACAUCCCUGGCUCCGACCUGGAGCGCCGAGCGCGCAUCCUGCUGGCCCAGUUCCAGCAGCAGGAGCAGAGCGAGGCCGAAGCAGAAGCUGUGGACCAUGGUGGCUGCACCUUCCAGCUGGUGGAGGAGAACGGGGUUGGAGAUGGGAAGCCAGAUUUCCUCUCUUUCUCCCCAGAGAUGGUGGCAGAGCAGUUCACGCUGAUGGACGCUGAGCUGUUUAAGAAAGUGGUGCCUUACCACUGCCUGGGCUGCAUCUGGUCCCAGCGAGACAAGAAGGGCAAAGAGCACCUGGCCCCCACCAUCCGUGCCACCGUCUCACAGUUCAACAGUGUGGCCAACUGUGUCAUUGCCACCUGCCUGGGGGACAGGUCCCUGAAGCCACAGCAGAGAGCUAAAGUGGUGGAGCGCUGGAUCGAGGUGGCUCGGGAGUGCCGCAUCCUGAAGAACUUCUCCUCCCUCCGAGCCAUCCUCUCAGCUCUGCAGUGCAAUGCAGUUCACCGCCUGAAGAAGACCUGGGAUGAGGUCCUAAGGGAGAGCUUCCGCACCUUCCACGAGCUCUCGGAGAUCUUCUCCGAUGAGAACAACCACUCGCUGAGCCGGGAGCUGCUCAUCAAGGAGGGCACUUCCAAAUUUGCCACCUUGGAGAUCAACCCAAAGAGGGCUCAGAAGCGGCAGCAGCAGCAGCGAGAGAUGGGUGUGAUGCAGGGCACCAUUCCCUACCUUGGCACCUUCCUCACGGACCUGGUGAUGCUGGACACAGCCAUGAAGGAUUUCCUGGAUGGUGGGCUGAUCAACUUUGAGAAGAGAAGGAAGGAGUUCGAAGUCAUCGCCCAGAUCAAGCUGCUUCAGUCAGCCUGCAACAACUACAGCUUCACACAGGAGGAUCAGUUCGUGGACUGGUUCCAUAGCCUGGAGCGGCUCAGCGAAGCUGAGAGCUACGGGCUGUCGUGUGAGAUCGAGCCACUGUCCGAGUCAGCCAGCAACACGCUGAAGGCCAAGAAAAACACAGGAAUCAUCAAGAGGUGGAGCGACCGGCAGCCGCCCAGCACCGAGCCCUGUGCCAGUGGCAGCUCCCACUCGAAAUCCUUUGACCAGCUCAAGUGUGGGCAGUACCUGUGCAGUGGGGACGCCACUGACUCCGUCAGCGUCACCUCCGCCGGCUCCAGCAGCUCUGACGUGGAGGAGAUUAACAUCAGCUUCAUCCCUGAGUCCCCUGACUGCCAGGAGAAGAAGGUCAGUGAGACCCCUCUGGCCUCCCUCCCCCAGCGCUGGUACGCCCCGCCUGUGGCCGACGGAGAAGCUAAACCCACUGUGUCCUCCGCAUCCCCUCUCCUCCCUGCCCUCCAGUUUUGGGAGUCCACCUCCCUUUCCUCGCUGGACACGUCGGGCAUCGGCUCGGGCUCCAGCAGUGCCUCGUCCUCCUCUGUCUCCUCCACGCCGGUGACAGCCUCCCGCACCCACAAGCGCUCGGUCUCCGGCAUCUCCAGCUACUCCUCCCUCUCGCUCCCCCUCUACAACCAGCAGGUCGACGACUGCUGCAUCAUCCGCGUCAGCCUGGCCGUGGACAACGGCAACAUGUACAAGAGCAUCUUGGUGACGAGCCAGGAUAAGACCCCAGUCGUCAUUCGCAAGGCCAUGGCCAAACACAACCUGGAUGGGGAUCGGCCUGAGGACUACGAGCUCGUGCAGAUCAUCUCAGAGGAGAGAGAGCUGAAGAUCCCUGACAAUGCCAACGUCUUCUACGCCAUGAACUCGGCUGCCAACUACGACUUUGUGCUGAAGAAGCGAGGCUUCGCCAAGGGGGUGAAGAUCAAGCAUGGCUCCAGCUCCACCUUGCCCAGGAUGAAGCAGAAAGGCCUGAAGAUCGCCAAAGGCAUCUUCUAG